GCUACCAUAAUGCUCGGAUCCUGGCCUGCAUGGAAAAGCGCCCAGAAGGGGAAAUGCCGAUCUAACCUGACCCAAUGCUUAUUUCGACACCUUUCAACCAUCUCGGCCAAUUCCCAGCCUGACCACUUUCUUGGUUAAUGGUUUGCUGUCACCGGGCCCCACAGACCCGGGUCUCCCUCGGUCCCGUCCGGAUGGGGCAGGCGCCAAGCCAUGCGACGAUCGACUUUCCUGGUCGAGUAUACAACUCUCAGAUGUGCAUCUGAACAGCAGCAAGGCGAGUUCUACCGUCAAGUAAAUUCCCAACACGGCACUAUAUGAGUCGCGCGCUGCACCAGUUUCUGGGUUAUGUCCGAGUAGUUGGACAGUUGAGUCUGGUAGUUUGAUAAGCCCCGUGUUACUUGAAAAUAAGGUGCCAGAGUUGUCUUCGCGGAUCAACCAACAGAGCCAAGAUGAAGUGUUCGUUCUCAGUCCUUGCCAGCUUGUUGUUGGUUGUCGCCGACGCGAGCCCCAUUGACUAUCAGGAGCUUCAAGAGCGCAAGACAUACGGAACAACAUCCGACGAGUAUGUUCAGAACGGCUGCAACGAUGUGCUCCUUUUCUUCGCCCGUGGCUCUACUCAGUCUGGCAAUGUUGGCGACAUGCCUGGACAACAACUCGCCACCGCGGUUAGUGCCUACUACGGAACGAAGCUCUACGUGCAGGGCGUCGAGUACCCAGCCACUCUAGGGGGCAACUACGAAGAUGGGCGAUGCCCGGCUGCAUAUGCUAAACAAUGGGGCACUCAGCUUACACAGGCCGCCACAAAGUGUCCCGAUGCGGCUAUCGUCAUAGCUGGGUACAGCCAGGGAGCAGCCAUGGUUCACGCGGCGAUCAAAACUUUGUCGGCUUCCACCAUCUCGCAUAUCACCGCCGCCGUGACAUUUGGUGACACAUACUACCAGCAGGAUGGCAACAAGAUCCCCAACAUCGCGGCCAGCAAGACCAAGGUCUUCUGUAACCAGGGUGACCUAGUGUGCAAUGGCACGCUGGAUAUUACUUCGGCACACACCAACUACAGGCCUAGCGUGCCUUCUGGUGCUGCGUUCAUCAAGGAGCAGGUUGACCUCGCCAAGUUCAUGUAA